GAUCGGACUCGCGCGCGGCUCAGACGGCUCCGUUCUCCCGCGGCUCUCGGCAGUAAGCAGCAGCAGCUUCUCGCGGCCGCAAGUCCUCGAGCCUCUAAUCGACGGGAGUCAGCCGAGUAGCCGCACUGCAGCCGGAGAGAAAAUGGGUGGCCAAGAUCAGCCAGAUGCCUACAAGUGCAGCCUGAGCUCGCAGGCGCAGGCGAUAGCGAAGCGCGAGCUCCGCGAGGACGAGGCCACCCGGGAGCACGCCCUGGAGCAGUUCCGCGACUGGAUCCAGAAGCACCCGAGCAUCAAGAACUGCCGCACCGACGCCGUCUUCCUCCUGCGCUUCCUCCGCACCAAGAAGUUCAGUCUUCCUCUGGCCCAGGAAAUGCUCGAGAGAUACCUGACCAUCAGGCAGCUUUAUCCCGACUGGUUCCAGAACCUCGACAUCGACGAUCCGGAAAUCGAGGCCAUCAUCGAUGCCGGAUAUCUCGUGCCCUUGCUCAAGAGGGACUCCCAUGGGCGCAAGGUCAUCCUCUCGUGUGCCGGUCGCUUCGAUCCUUACAAAUUCACCUCGGCCCAGAUGGUCCGCGUGCACAGUCUCGUGGUCGAGGCUCUGAUGGACGAAGAGGAGAGCCAGGUCCACGGCUAUACCCACCUGAACGACGAGUCCGGCCUGACGAUGGGUCACCUCAGCUCCUGGUCCAUCACCGACAUACGCAACAUGCUCACCUGCAUACAGAACAGCACACCGAUGAGGCACAAGGAGACCCACCUGGUCAACGUUCCCGGCUGCGCUACGAAGAUCAUCGAACUUGCCCUGUCGCUGCUGAACGAGAAGCUCCGCUCCCGCGUUCUGCUCCACAAAUCCUUGGACGAUCUGCAGAACACGGUCGACCCGAAGAUCCUGCCCAAGGAGUACGGCGGAGAAGUUCCUCUCGCCGAGAUGAUCGCCGAGUUCAAAAAAUCGCUCAGAGCCAAGAGGAACGAGAUCAAAGCGCUGGACGACAUGUACAUAGAAAUCUCACCAAAGGACACGUGCUCGGCGAGCGAAGGUUUGGGUGGACUCUCCGGAUCGUUCCGCAAGCUCGAGGUCGACUAAUUUUGUAAUUUUUUUUUUUUUAUUCUUCUUCGUUUAAUCGUUCAAGUUUUAAUCUUUAAGCUACUCAUCGAUGAUGAUCGUUCAUUGUUUGCGUAUCCACGACUCGUAUUCGUAAAUUAUUGUUUAUCAUGACACUUAGCGCGUGGAUUUUGGUUUGGACAGAUUAUUAUAUUUUUUUUUUUUACUGAUGAGUAUGAAAAAAGUCAGGCUCGUGGCUGUACAUUAUGCAUGUAGCUAGAAAGGAUAGAGGGGUGAAUUAUUCCAAGUGAUGAGAGAGAGAGAGAGCCAAGAUUCUCGAGUAAGUCCGUAAUGUUAAUUAGUUUGGUAAGUCCGUCACGAAGUGUGCUCAGCAGGUGGUAUAAGUUACCUACAACGUUGCCGUUGUUAUACAUAAUGCAAAUCACCUACGAUUAUCACUUAACUGUGAUUUUUCGCGAUUAUAAAUACAAUAGCUAUAGAAUACCGCAUAUUAUUUUGUAACCCCCCUAUACUUAUGCUCUAUACACCGUUAGCCCUUACCAUUUUAUCUGCCGUUCUUGUCGUGUCUAUUCUCACCUCACCGUUUUCUAUUCACGUGUUUUUUGUUAUUAUAUUUUUCGUUUUAAGUUUAUUACGUAUAAGGCUAUAUCAAUGUUUUUUAUGUAUUUGUAAGUCUAUAUUAGCACGAUGUGUAUGUCUAAGACGAUCACGUGAAAUACGGGUAUCUGCGAAGCUAUAUAUUUCUGCUCUAUAUUGAUACACAACAAUAAAAUGCUUUCAUAAGAACCUAAAA